AUGGAGGCGGCGGGCGGCAUCGUGGUGCACGACUUCAGCGGGCAGCUGGGCGAGCAGCUCGUGCACUUCCACGCCAUGCGGCUGCGGGACUCGCUCUUCCUGUGGGUGGGCGCCGCGCCCGCGCUCGCCAGCCUCGCCGUGGCCAUGUGCAGCCCCCGCGACAGCGUCCCCGUGUCGGCGUCGCUCCUGGGGGACCCCUCGGACCCGGCUGGCGUAUCCCUGGCCCGGCGUCUAGCCAGCAAGACCAAAAAACAGAUAUUUGUCAGCUACAACCUUCAAAACACAGACAGCAAUUUCAGCUUGCUCAUAGAAAACAGAAUCAAAGAAGAAAUGAUGGCUUUUCCAGAGAAGUUCUGACUGUGCAUCCGUGCAAACUAACUUGAGGCUUUUGUUUCAGAAAAACUGAGUGCAGUUUCUACACUGACAUUAAGUUAAUAAUUUGAAAAAUUGAUUUCUAUUGCUGUGAUUGAAUUUGCAUUUAUUAUUAAAUACUGCAAUGUUGGACCUGGAUUUUCUUCUCCAAGUUUGCUGCUCUGUAAGUAGAGGAUAGACUUGUAAUGUUGAAAUAAACUGCAAGUUAAGAACAUUGUAAGAAUCUGUACAACCAGAGUCUGACCUGCAUUCGGUACAGGAAUUGGUCAGGAAAUGUUUUCCAAAUUCCAACAGUACAGUUAAUUUAUUGUGUAUUAGUAUUCAAACAGUGUUCAAGUGAAAACCUGUGAAUACACCCCAAAAAGCUUUAUCUUUGAUUUUAAGAAUGAGGGGGGAAUUUUUUUUUUUUUUAAACACUGAACAUCAAACAUUGAAACGCUGUGACAGCAAACAGGCAUCAUCUUGCUGUGACUUUCUGGGUCCUGGUGGUUGCAGUGCUGGUGCGAAACACAGGCUUUCCUUCAUCUCUUGAACACCAGGAAGAGUGGAAGGCUCUUGGAGCAACUGAUAAUGCUGUAGGGCUACUAGAAGACCAUCUUACAUGUAAACUGAAUAUAUUUGUUAAAAAAAAAAAAAACAGAGCUGCCACUACUACCACCGAGCACUCUGUUGCUGUUGCUGUAGACAUACUUUUAGUGAAUAGAUAUCCUUUUAAGGUGAAGUUCAGUGUCUGCUGAACAUGCUGCAUGCCGUUUUCUUUUAAUAAGCUCAGCAACUGCAAAUUAGCCAUGCAAAAAAAGGGGACAGCCAGUGGAGCAGUGGGGGUCUGUUGAGGUCAAUGCACGCUGUGCUGUCUCAUACUACCUAUUAGUGCUAGUAAUUUGGAGGAUCGUUGAGGAGCGCAAACUGAUGGAUCGGGGCAAAAUAAAGGGUUUUUCCUUACAAAUCAAGAUCUGAUGCAGAAAAAAGCUUCUGGUAGAAACAGACAAAUUGCACUGCUAGACCAGCUCUUCGUAGGCUACUGCACUAUCCACCUACAAAAGCAUGGAUCAGAACUUACCUUGUUGUGGCCAUCGUCAACAGUUGAAAACUGUAGGCAAAAAUAGAUGAUGUAGAAGAUACAAGCCCUAACUACAGUCAGUCUCAGGACUGAAGGAGUCUCAAACACACUGUGGCUUCAGCCUUGUGUAUUUGACAUGAGAGCACAGGGCCCUUACCUGGAAGAACAGCGGCCAGUCCUUGGCCUCUGUUCAAGUUCGCAGUAAAGAAAAGCAGCUGUUGGAGGCUUCUUUUUCUCUCUUAAUCUAUGCAAGACAGCAAAUAGAAUCAUUCUCCAGUAACUGAAUGUAAAGGAAAAUUAGUUAAAAAUCAAUAUGCUGAUUUCAUUUGCUUGCUUUAAAAUCUGUUGUGUUUGUAGAGGYGGAUAGAAAUGCUCAGGUUGAAGUGACGUUGGCUGCAGUUGGGCUGUUUCACARGUCACUGAGGGAGACGGCAGGCAAAGGGGAAGCAAAGAUGAGAUGUUGAUGAGACAACAUCUUUUUAUUCUGUACAUUUACAUACAAAGUUUUUCAGUAGGUACAACAGAUGUAACAUCAUGCAGACAUUUAGCUUGUAAGACUGUUUUCAGUACUUGCUUUAAGCUUGUGCUAUGAAGAAGCACCACCAGACUAUUCAUGAUCAGAACGUACAGUAACACAAUUCUUUAAAACUUCAUCAGAAACUGAAAUGGGGAGGCAAGUCUCACCCACUAGACAUAACACAC